AUGGGGGAACCUUCACUUAGAACUCCUGUGGCCCUGAGAGCCAGUGCCUCGGCCACUUCCGCUGCUGACGGCCCUGACACCGGAAGCGGAAGUGCGCCGCGGCCGCAGACGGAGGUGGCUGUGCUGGACCGCGCGGCGCCUUGCGGUGGGAGUGUCUCCGGCCAGUCUGCAGGAAGGACACACACUGAAACUUUAAACCCUGGCGCUGGUAUCAUGGAAUCAGUCACCUUAGAGGAUGUGGCGAUGGAGCUCAUCCAGGAGUGGACGUUGCUGGACGAUGCCGGGAGGAACCUGUGCAGACAUGUACUGCAGGACAACUGCAGGACCCCGGCGCCCAGGGGGACUCCACCAUGCAAAGCCAGUCUCGUCUCCCAGGUGGAGCCAAGAGAAGAGCUGAAAGCAGCGGAGCACAGCAUUCCCUGUGCCACAGGUGUGGACUGGGAAUCUCAAUUUACACCCAAAGAGCCUACUCCUCUGCAGGAUAUUUCAGUGGAAAACUCAUCCUAUGAUUUGCAAAUGGGGCCAGAGCUGGACCUGAAGAUAGAGAUCAAGUCUGAGAUGGAAGAGGAGGUGGUGCCUCCGGCUCCAGAGGACUGGUCAGCUCUCCAGCAGUCUUCUGAAUAUGCAGGGCUGAAGGUGGCUGUGCAGAUGCAGAGGGUGGCCACGCCGGAGCCUGCGCUGGGCCUCCCCAGACUGUGGAGGGCUGGGGGUGCUGCUCUGUUUGCUCAGGGCCCUGCCUGGCUCCAGAAGGAGAGCACAGAAGAAGCAGCCAUGACUCCUGGGGGACUGGCCACCUGUCCACAGGAGCCAGUCACCUUCGCAGAUGUGGCCGUGCUGUUCACACCGGAAGAAUGGCUGUUUCUAGACUCUGCCCAGAAAAGCCUGUACAGAGACGUGAUGCUGGAGAACUACAGGAACCUGGCCUCUGUGGGUGAUCAACUCUGCAAAACCAGGAUGUCUUCCCAUAUGGAGCAAAGAGAAGAACUGUGUGUCACUGAGAGAGGGGUCUUCCCAGGAGCCCAGUUAGGUCCUCACCUUCAACACCAAGACUCAAUUCCUAAUCAAGAUAUUUUGGCAGCGAUUCCAUCCAUUGGCAUGAAAAGGGAGCCACCUCAGGUCGGAGAAAACCUCUAUAAAUAUGAUGAGCUUGGGAAGCCCUUUGACAGCAUCAAACCGCUUUUUCAGUACCCGCGAUUUCCUACUGAAGGAAACCCCUUUGAAGGCCGAGAGAGCCGAAAAUCCUUCCUCCGGACCACCCGCCUCAUCGUGCCUGAGAAAGUCCCCAGCGGGGAUAAAACCUACACGUGCGACAAAUGUGCAAGAUCCUUCCGGUACAGCUCCGAGCUCAUCCGGCACGAGAAGACGCACACCGCAGAGAAAUGCUUCGAGUGUCAGGAGUGCCGGCAGGCCUUCAAGUACUUCUCCAACCUGCGGCGCCACCUGAAGACCCAUGGCGGUGAGAAGCCCUUCGAGUGCAGCCAGUGCGGGAAGACCUUCACGAGGAACUUCAACCUGAUCCUGCACCAGAGGAACCACAUGGGCGAGAAGCCCUACUCGUGCAAGGACUGUGGGAAGGCUUUCACGCAGCCAUCCUCCCUGAGGAGCCACAUGAGGACCCACACCGGAGAGAAGCCCUUCGAAUGCGGCCACUGUGGGAAGACCUUCCGGGAGCACUCGUCACUGAAGACACACGUGCGGACCCACACCCGAGAGAAGCCCUACCAGUGCAACCACUGCGGGAAGCCCUUCCGCACGAGCACCAACCUGAACGUGCACAAGAGGAUCCACACCGGCGAGAAGCUCUACGAGUGCGCCACCUGCGGGCAGGUCCUGAGUCGGCUCUCCACCCUCAAGAGUCACAUGCGGAUCCACACCGGAGAGAAGCCCUACCCGUGCCCGGAGUGCGGGCGCGCCUUCGGGGAGCCCUCAUCCCUCAGGAAGCACGCGAGGACCCACACCGGCAAGAAGCCCUACGUGUGCCCGCAGUGCGGGCGAGCCUUCGGCCAGUCCUCGCACCUCAUUGUCCACGUGAGAACGCACACCACGGGGCGACCCUACGAAUGCACUCAGUGUGACAAAGCCUUCCGGCACAGCUCUUCACUCAGCGUGCACAAGAGGAUUCACGCCAGGGGAGAAAACGUCAGGACCGGCGACCUGCCUCUAUCUGUGUCUCUGCCCAUGGAAGGGCCCCUUGCUGAUUAA